CUUUGUCUGCCGCUGCUGUUGACGUGUGCAACAGCCAAGAAAAGCUGAAGAAAAAAGUUUUUGAUAUCAAAUUUUUUUUAUGUUUUUAUUCAAAUUGCGCUUGAAAUAUGGCCGCGAGUGUUGUUAAGGCGCCCAAGUGCACGGCGAAAGCCAAAGAUGUGGCCCAAGCCAAGCCCGCCCAGGCCAACGAGGACAGCGGGCGCAGGUGGACGCUGCUGGGCGUCGUUUUACUCAUCACCUUUGCCACACGCUUCUACAAGGUAACCGAGCCAGAUCAUAUUUGCUGGGACGAGACACACUUUGGCAAAAUGGGCAGCUGGUACAUAAAUCGCACCUUCUUUUUCGAUGUGCAUCCGCCGCUGGGAAAGAUGCUUAUUGGUCUCUCCGGCUAUUUGACCGGCUACAAUGGGACCUUCCCCUUCGAUAAGCCUGGCGACAAGUACAAUGAGACGCGCUAUCAGGGCAUGCGCUAUUUCUGUACUACGCUGGGCGCACUCAUCAUGCCCAUGGGCUUCGACACGGUCUACGAUUUGACGCGCUCGCACGAGGCGGCGCUGCUGUCGGCAGCCUACCUCAUCUUUGAUGUGGGUCUGCUGACACUCAACCAGUAUAUACUGCUGGAUCCGAUUUUGCUGUUCUUUAUGAUGGGCUCGGUGUGGGGCAUGGUCAAGAUAUCGAAGUGCACGGCCGCAGGCGGCUCCUAUACGAGGCGCUGGUGGCUCUGGCUGCUGCUCACCGGCACGAUGCUCUCCUGCACGAUAAGCGUGAAGUUUGUGGGCCUGUUUGUGGUGCUGCUGGUGGGCCUGCACACGGCAAGCGAGCUCUGGCUGAUACUCGGCGACUUGGGCAAGCCCAUUGUGGAGACAGUCAAGCAGCUGGUGUGUCGCGCCAUCGCGCUCAUCCUCUGGCCCAUUCUGCUCUACACGAUCUUCUUCUACAUCCAUCUGCGUGUGCUGAAUCGCAGCGGCAACGGCGACGGCUUCUACAGCUCGGCGUUUCAGUCGCGGCUCAUCGGCAACUCGCUGUACAAUGCGAGCAUGCCGCGAGAUGUGGCCUACGGCUCGCUGGUGACCAUCAAGAACCAUAAGACGGGCGGCGGCUAUUUGCACUCGCACUCGCAUCUCUAUCCCAAGGGCAGCGGCGCACGGCAGCAGCAGAUCACCACGUAUACGCACAAGGACGACAACAACAUCUGGCUGAUUAAGCCGUACAACAAGCCGGAGUUGCCCAAGGACGAGCUGCGUCUGCUGCGGCACGGCGAUCUCUUGCGCCUGGAGCAUCUGGUGACCAAGCGCAAUCUGCACUCGCAUAGCGAACCGGCGCCCAUGACCAAAAAGCAUCUGCAAGUCACCGGCUAUGGCGAGCUCGGCGUGGGCGAUGCCAACGAUGUGUGGCGCGUGCUCAUCGUGGGCGGCAGAGCCAAUGACACCAUACACACAGUGACAUCGCGGCUUAUGUUCGUGCACUAUCUGCAGAACUGUGUGCUCACGUCCAGCGGCAAGCAGCUGCCCAAGUGGGGCUUCGAGCAGCAGGAGGUCUCCUGCAAUCUGAACAUACGGGACAAGAAUGCCCAAUGGAAUGUGGAGGAUAAUCAGCAUAAGCUACUGCCCAGCGUGAGCUUCAGCAUCUAUGCGCCGGGCUUCUUUGCACGCUUCAUUGAGUCGCAUGCGGUCAUGCUGCAGGGCAAUGCAGGCCUCAAGCCCAAGGAGGGCGAAGUGACCAGCCGACCUUGGCAAUGGCCCAUUAACUAUCGGGGCCAAUUCUUCUCUGGCAGCAGCUAUCGCAUUUAUUUGCUGGGCAACCCUUUCAUCUGGUGGAGCAAUCUGAUCUUUCUGCUGCUCUUCAUCAGCAUCUUUCUGGGCAACGCCAUUCUGCAGCAACGUCGCGCCGGUCAAGCAGCCCUCCAAGCCGCCGCCGUAGACCGGCCAACCAGCCAAGAACUGUGCAGCUGCUGUCCGGCGGACAGCUGGACAAAGCCACCUGACAGCCGCGUGGUGUCCGCACAGAGCCAACAGCACAUGUCCUUGCAGGCAGCUGCCUGGCUAUUCAUUGGCUGGCUUCUGCACUACUUGCCCUUCUGGGCCAUGGGUCGCGUGCUCUACUUCCAUCACUAUUUCCCAGCUCUAAUAUUCAACUCAUUGCUCACAGGCAUUAUGUUCAACUAUAUAAUCCGAUCGCUGCCCAAAUGGCUGCAGCAUGCGCUGCUCGGCUCGCUGCUCUCAGUGGUCGUCUAUAGCUUCGUGCUGUUCUCGCCGCUGGCCUACGGCAUGAGCGGACCGCUGGCCAACGAGCCCAACUCAACGAUGCACAAGCUCAAGUGGCUGUCGACCUGGGAGUUUUAGCGAAUAUAUAUUUAUUUAUUUAAAUCAAUUUGUGUCCAGAAAAAAUGCGCUUCAAUUAA